AAAGAGAAAGAAAGAAAGAAAAAAUGACAUGGAUUAAGACGCUAAAACAACAAAUGAAGAAACCAGCAAAUUGGGUGAAAAAGAACAAAAGAACAACGGUUUAUCUACUGAAAUGGAUCAUCACUUUGAUCUCUGUUGGAUUGAUCUCAUUCUUUAUGCUCUGUCGUUUAGAGGUGAAUGCUCACGUCUAUCUUAGAAACUGGCUAUCUCCAGAAAGACCUGUGGCGAUAGAGCCACUAUCACAUUGCUUUGACAACCUAUCUCCCGACAGUCCUUAUCAUCAAGGCAAUAAGAACUUUACUGUCAACUUUGUUCCUGGUCUUCCUGUCUGGGAAGCAAAUACAUGCUAUGACUUUGCAGCCUUGUUUCACUCUAGAAGAUACCCGUACGCAGGCAGCCAGUUAUACCACACCUAUUGGUCUUCCAAUCUAACAAAAGACUUUGACGAGAAACCACUGGCAACACUGCGAUCCUUUGCUGCUACUCAAAACACAAACCAUACGAUGAUUCUUUGGAUACCAAAAGAGGAUGAGCAACGUCUGACUAAUUCGAAAGGAUGGGUGGCACUUUCGAAAGACACAAACCGCAUCAGUUACCGAACUGUUCAACCUAUGGACCUCACAAAAGGAACAGCUAUAGAACCUUAUGUGGACGUUUGGAGAGUCUUGGUUAGCGAAAACAAUGACGGCACACAUAGAGACGACUUGUUAAGAAUGCUUGUACUCUAUCAGUUUGGUGGCGUUUGGUUUGAUCUGGACACAAUGUUUAUUAGAGAUUUAAGCCCGUUAUUUGAACACGAAUGGAUCGCACAAGGUAGUUGUAAAACAGGGAUGUUUGGAAACCCCUUUACAGGUGCAUUAUUCCAUUUCAAUCAAAAAUCACCUUAUGUAUGCGAGAUAUUAGAAGGAGCAGCGGAUUUGUUCAAGGCAAGAGAAAGACAGGCGAAUGGAGAAUCUGAUAUACCAAAGCGGCACUUGAUUAAAGGACCCGAGAUAUUUGGAUCAAAACUUUAUUAUAGAAUAUAUAGAAGAGUGUUACACCAUCGUAUUAAACCUUGGUCCAUUUUACCGUGGUGCUUUACAGAUCCAUCACAGUGCAGAAGAAGCAACUCGAUGCCGAGUCUAUUUUCAAAAACAGACUUUGAUGGAAAACAAGUUGAGAGGAUUUUUGCAUAUCAUUGGCGUGAUAGAUGGAGUUCUGUGCCUGGAUCAAUUUAUAAUUAUUUAAGCUCAAUACACAAGAAACGAAUAACUUGGUAAUAUAAAGAUUACGUUAAUAAAGUAUCACUGCAUUUUUUCAUAUUCUUUUUCGUAUGCUUUUUUUCUCAAGCAACAGCAUGUUACGUAGAAUGUAUUCUAUAAAGGGUAAGACUGUUUUGAAGAUGGUCAAGUGAGCAUCUUUGAACGAAAACGGGAGAAUAAGGCAAUGAAUUGGGAAUUAAGAAGUUGAUCCUCAUAAUACUUAAAUCAUACUACAAGUUUGAAUUGCAAUCAUUAUGGUUUGACUAAUCAUUUGGCCAACUAAACUAGUAAAAUAUAAUAAAAAGGAUAUUGCCUUAAACAUACAGUAG